GAUCAAGCUGAGGGCAAGGUGUUGGGAACACCACCACACCUGAGAUUUGUCUCUCACUAUGGGCAAAGACAAGCUUCUUCAUUUAUGUUUGGUGUUACUUCUUGUCUUGUUUUCUGCCAAUGACUCAGACUCUGCAGAACCACAUUAUAUGGUGCUGGUCCCCUCCCUUCUCCACACUGUGACCCCUGAGAAGGCCUGCCUCCUUCUUAGCCACUUGAAUGAGACAGUAACUAUAAGUGCUUCUCUGGAGUCUCUAAGGGAAAACAGAAGCCUCUUUACUGACCUGGUGGUGGAGAAGGACUUAUUCCAUUGCAUCUCCUUCACUCUCCCAAGGAUUUUAUCUUCUUCAGAGGUAGGAUUCCUCACUAUCCAAAUAAAGGGACCUACACAAGAUUUCAGGAAGAAGAACACAGUGCUGGUGAAGAAUGCUCAAAGUCUGGUCUUUGUCCAGACAGACAAACCCAUCUACAAACCGGGCCAGACAGUGAGAUUUCGUAUUGUCUCCCUGGAUGAAAAUUUUCACCCCCAAAAUGAACUGAUUCCACUGAUAUACCUUGAGAACCCAAAAAGAAAUAGAAUUGCACAGUGGCAGAAUCUCAAGUUAGAAAGUGGCCUGAGUCAACUCUCCUUUCCCCUCUCAUCAGAGCCUAUUCAGGGCUCCUACAAAGUGGUGGUACAGAAAGAAUCAGGUGGAACAGCAGAGCACUCCUUCACUGUGGAGGAAUUUGUGCUUCCCAAAUUUGAGGUCAAAGUUCAAGUGCCAAAGAUAAUCAGUAUCUUGGAUGAAAAAGUGGAAAUAACAGUAUGUGGAAUAUACACCUAUGGGAAACCAGUCCCAGGACUUGCAACUGUGAGCAUGUGCAGAAAACUAUUUCAUCAUGGUAAUUGUUACAAGAAAGAGUUCUGUGAGGAAUUCAGUCAGCCGCUCAACAGUGAUGGCUGCAUCACCCAACAAGUAAAAACCAACUUGAUUCAGAUUAAAAGUUCGGGCUACGAAAUGAAACUCAGAGUGGAAGCCAAGAUCAGAGAAGAGGGAACAGACCUGAUAUUCACUGGAAAUGGGACCAGUGAAAUCACAAACAUUGCCACCAAACUCAAGUUUGUGAAAGUGGACUCACACUUUAGACGAGGAAUCCCCUUUUCUGGACAGGUGCUUCUGGUGGAUGGGAAAGGUAUUCCCAUUCCCAAUAAAUUGAUCUUCAUCUCUGCAAGUGAAGCCAAUUAUCUUUACAAUGCAACUACCAAUGAACAGGGUCUUGUACAGUUUUCAAUCAAUACCACUAACAUCUUAACCAACAAACUUUUUAUUACGGUCAUCCACCAGCAACCUAACACAUGUUUUAACUAUAUAUGGAUCCAAGAAGAACACCAGGGAGCUCAGCAUACUGCAAGUCAUGUUUUCUCCUUAAGUGGGAGUUACCUUUACCUGGAGCCUGUGGCUGGUACCCUGCCCUGUGGCCAAACACAGAAUAUCAAGGCACACUAUAUACUGGAUGGACAAGCCAUGGGAAAGCUCAAAGAACUCAUUUUCUAUUACCUGAUCAUGGCUAAGGGAAGCAUAGUCAGAUCAGGGACCCAUGCUCUGUCUGUGGAGUCAGGAGACAUGAAAGGCAGUUUUUUCCUGUCCCUCUCUGUGGAAUUGGAUAUCGCUCCCAUUGCACGAGUGUUCCUCUUUACCAUUUUACCAGAUGGAGAAGUUAUUGGAGAUUCUGAGAAUUUUGAGAUUGAAAAUUGCUUAGCCAACAAGGUGGAUUUGAGCUUCAGCCCAGCACAGAUUCUUCCAGCCUCACAUGCCCACCUGAGAAUCACAGCUUCUCCUCAGUCCCUCUGCGCCCUCCGUGCUGUGGACCAAAGUGUGCUGCUCAUGAGGCCUGAAGCUGAGCUCUCUGCAUCCUCGGUCUACAGUCUUCUAACCCUGAGGGAUCCCACGGAUUUUCCCAACCAUUUAGACCAGCAGGAGGAAAAGCAAACAAGCUGUGUGCAUUCUUUCAUCAUUCGUGGAGGAUCGGUCUAUGUUCCCUUAUCAAGUUACGAUGAAGAAGAUGUUUAUAGUUUCAUCAAGGGUAUGGGAUUAAAGGUGUUCACCAACUCAAAAAUUCGGAAAAUAUCAUCUUGCUCAGUUACCCACACACCUCCAAGAGAAGCUGGACUAGGAUUUCAUGGAGCAGCAGGAUCAUUAGCCAUGCCAUUUAUUCCUCAAGCAGCUCCGUUUGAUAUGAUAACUUCAAAUAAUAUGCAAAAUCCAGAGCCAGUCCUUGAAACUGUGCGAAGCUAUUUCCCUGAGACCUGGAUCUGGGAGUUAGCAGUGGUAGACUCAUCGGGUGUAGCUGAAGUAGAAAAAACUGUCCCUGACACCAUCACUGAGUGGAAGGCAGGGGCCCUCUGCCUGUCCAAUGACAUUGGGCUUGGUCUCUCUCCCACCGUCUCUCUCCGAGUCUUCCAGCCCUUCUUUGUGGAGCUCACAAUGCCCUACUCUGUGGUCCGUGGAGAGGCCUUCACACUCAAGGCCACUGUGUUGAACUACCUUCCCAAAUGCAUCCGGGUUAGUGUGCAGCUGGAAGCUUCGCCAACAUUCUUAGCUUCCCCAAAUGAAAAAGCAGAAGAAUCCUAUUGCAUUUGUGGGAAUGAAAGGCAAAUCUUGUCUUGGACAGUGACUCCUAAAACUCUGGGGAAUGUGAAUUUCUCUGUGAGCACAGAGGUAAUACAGUCUCUAGAACUGUGUGGAAAUGAAGUUACUGAGGUUCCAGAGAUUGGAAGGAAAGACACGAUCAUCAAAACCCUGUUGGUGGAGCCUGAAGGUGUUGAACAAGAGGAGACCUUCAACUCUAUGACCUGUGCUUCAGGUACUAAAGUGUCUGAGCUGCUAUCCCUGAAGCUUCCACCAAAUGUGGUCAAAGAAUCUGCCAGAGCCUCUGUCUCAGUUGUAGGUGACAUACUGGGUUCCACUAUGCAAAAUAUACAAAAUCUCCUCCAGAUGCCCUAUGGCUGUGGAGAACAAAACAUGGUCCUAUUUGCUCCUAACAUCUAUAUCUUGAAUUAUCUGAAUGAAACCCAACAGCUAACUCAGGAGAUCAAGUCCAGGGCAAUUGGUUAUCUUAUCAGUGGUUAUCAGAGACAGCUGAACUACAAACACCAAGAUGGCUCUUAUAGCACCUUUGGGGAACAAUAUGGCAGAAACCAGGGCAACACUUGGCUCACAGCCUUUGUACUGAAGACAUUUGCCCAGGCUCGAGCAUACAUCUUCAUCGAUGAAGCACAUAUUAUCCAAGCUCUCACCUGGUUGUCUCAAAAGCAGAAGGACAACGGCUGUUUCAGGAGCUCUGGGUCACUGCUCAACAAUGCCAUAAAGGGAGGAGUAGAAGAUGAAGUCACUCUCUCUGCCUAUGUUACUAUUGCCCUUCUGGAGAUUCCGCUCCCAGCCACUCAUCCUGUUGUCCGCAAUGCCCUGUUCUGCCUAGAGUCAGCCUGGAACACAGCAAAAGAGGGAGCCCAUGGCAGCCACGUCUACACCCGGGCUUUGUUGGCCUAUGCUUUUGCCCUAGUGGGAAACCAAAACAGGAGUAGAGAAAUAUUGCGCUCACUCAAUGAGGAAGCUGUUAAAGAAGACAAUUCAGUCCAUUGGGAACGGCCUCAGAAACCCAAGGCACCACAGGGACUUCUGUACCAACCCCAGGCUCCCUCUGCUGAGGUGGAGAUGACGGCCUAUGUGCUCCUCACUCUCCUCACAGUCCAGCCAGCCCCGACCUCAGAGGACCUGACUUCUGCAGUGCCCAUUGUAAAGUGGAUCACAAAGCAACAGAAUUCUCAUGGUGGCUUCUCCUCCACCCAGGACACAGUGGUGGCUCUGCAUGCCCUAUCCAGAUAUGGAGCAGCUACUUUCACCAAAACUGAGAAAACUGCACAGGUUACCAUUCAGAACUCCAGGGCCUUUUCCACAAAUUUCCAAGUGGACAACAACAACCUCCUGCUACUACAGCAGAUCUCAUUGCCAGAGCUGCCUGGAGACUAUACCAUAACAAUAACUGGGGAAAGAUGUGUAUAUCUUCAGACAUCCAUGAAAUACAAUAUUCAUCCAAAGAAGGAGGAUUCCCCAUUUUCUCUGAAGGUCCAGACUCUGCCUGAAAUUUGUGAUGGACCCAAAGCCCACACCAGCUUCCAGAUCUCACUGAAUAUUAGUUACACAGGGAGCCGUCCUGUUUCCAAUAUGGUGAUUGCUGAUAUAAAAAUGAUAUCGGGUUUUAUUCCCCUGAAACCAACAGUAAAAAUGCUUGAAAGAUCUAGCUACGUGAGCAGGACAGAAGUGAGCAACAAUCAUGUCCUCAUUUAUGUGGAUCAGGUGACAAAUCAGACACUAAGUUUUUCCUUCACGGUUUUGCAAGACAUCCCAGUAAGAGACCUGAAGCCAGCGAUUGUUAAAGUCUAUGACUACUAUGAAACAGAUGAGUUUUCUGUUGCUGAGUAUAUCAGUCCCUGUAGUACAGAUACAAAGCAUGAAAAUGUUUGAGGACCAGAUUCAGGCUGCAUAUCUUACUGGAUUCCCUGUCAUAUACUUUUAUUUAGAAGGAAUGGAGUUUGUCUCUAUAAAACAAAUGCCCCAAAUGUGUACUGAAUAAAUAUGCAUUUCUGGUCAA